GCGGCGGCGCCGGAGAGCCCCGCGAGCCGCUCCCGACAAUAGAGGGCGGCGCGGGGGGGUGGGAGCGCGGGUCCUCCCCGCCUUCCUGCGGCCCCGCACCGCCUCACCGCACCGCGCCGCGCCGCCCGGCCCCGGGCCCGGCCCCACCCCGCAGCGCGCGGCCGCCCCGUAGCAUGGUGCGGGGCCUCCGGCUGCGCCAUGGGCGAGCGGCUGGAGCUGCGCCUCAAGUCGCCGGUGGGAGCCGAGCCCGCCGUGUACCCGUGGCCGCUGCCCGUCUACGACAAACACCAUGAUGCUGCUCAUGAAAUCAUUGAGACAAUUCGGUGGGUCUGUGAAGAAAUCCCAGAUCUCAAGCUUGCUAUGGAAAACUACGUUCUAAUUGACUAUGACACAAAAAGCUUUGAAAGCAUGCAGCGGCUUUGUGACAAGUACAACCGCGCCAUCGACAGCAUCCAUCAGCUGUGGAAGGGAACCACCCAACCGAUGAAGCUGAACACGCGUCCCUCCAACGGGCUCCUCCGGCACAUCCUGCAGCAGGUUUACAACCACUCGGUGACAGACCCCGAGAAACUCAACAACUACGAGCCCUUCUCCCCAGAGGUGUAUGGAGAAACCUCCUUCGACCUGGUGGCCCAGAUGAUAGAUGAGAUUAAGAUGACAGAAGAUGAUCUCUUUGUCGACUUGGGCAGCGGUGUGGGUCAGGUGGUGCUUCAAGUGGCUGCAGCCACAAACUGCAAACAUCACUAUGGUGUGGAGAAAGCUGACAUUCCAGCCAAAUACGCUGAGACGAUGGACAGAGAGUUCAGAAAGUGGAUGAAAUGGUAUGGGAAAAAACAUGCAGAAUACACACUGGAAAGAGGUGACUUCCUCUCAGAAGAAUGGAGAGAGAGAAUUGCAAACACAAGUGUUAUUUUUGUGAAUAAUUUUGCCUUUGGUCCUGAGGUGGAUCACCAACUGAAGGAGCGAUUUGCCAACAUGAAGGAAGGUGGGAGAAUUGUGUCCUCAAAACCUUUUGCACCUCUGAAUUUCAGAAUUAACAGUCGAAACUUGAGUGAUAUUGGCACUAUAAUGAGAGUCGUGGAGCUGUCACCACUGAAAGGCUCUGUGUCGUGGACUGGGAAGCCAGUCUCUUACUACCUGCAUACUAUUGACCGAACCAUACUUGAAAACUAUUUUUCUAGUCUCAAAAAUCCAAAACUCAGGGAGGAACAAGAGGCAGCUAGACGUCGUCAACAGCGAGAAAACAAGAGCAACACAACUACUCCAACAAAGGUUCAAGAAAACAAGGAUUCUGGUGCUGAAGAAGAAAAAGCUGGGGCAAAUGCUGUUAAAAAGCCAUCUCCCUCUAAAGCACGGAAGAAGAAACUGAGCAAAAAAGGAAGGAAAAUGGCAGGCAGGAAGCGAGGGCGUCCCAAGAAAAUGAACACUGCAAAUACAGAGCGCAAGACCAAGAAGAACCAAACUGCACUAGAACUUCUGCAUGCUCAAACUGUGUCACAGACAUCUUCAUCCUCUCCUCAGGAUGCAUACAAGUCACCUCAUAGUCCAUAUUACCAACUACCUCCUAAAGUGCAACGGCAUUCAUCCAACCAGCUGCUGGUGACACCCACCCCACCUGCACUACAGAAGCUGCUAGACUCUUUUAAGAUCCAGUACAUGCAGUUCAUGGCAUACAUGAAAACUCCUCAAUAUAAAGCAAGUCUGCAACAGUUGCUGGAGCAGGAGAAGGAGAAGAAUGCACAGCUACUGGGGACGGCACAGCAGUUGUUCACCCACUGCCAGGCACAGAAAGAGGAAAUCAAACGUCUUUUUCAGCAGAAGCUCGAUGAGUUGGGAGUGAAGGCUCUGACAUACAACGACCUGAUUCAGGCUCAGAAGGAAAUCUCUGCUCACAAUCAGCAGCUGAAAGAACAGACCAAACAGCUGGAGAAGGAUAACAGCGAACUCAGGAACCAGAGCCUGCAGCUGUUGAAGGCACGCUGCGAAGAGCUGAAGCUAGACUGGUCCACGCUGUCACUGGAGAACUUGCUAAAGGAGAAGCAGGCGCUGAAGAAUCAGAUUUCUGAGAAACAAAAGCACUGUUUGGAACUGCAGAUCAGCAUUGUGGAACUUGAGAAGAGCCAAAGGCAGCAGGAGCUGAUGCAGCUGAAAUCGUACACGCCGUCGGAUGAGUCACUGUCAGUGCAGCUACGGAAUAAAACCCAUCUGAGCCGUGAUGCUGAGGCUGAUCAUGGCAGGUUCCAGCUGGAGCUCGAGUGCUCCAAGUUUCCUAUGCCCCACGUCAAUGGCAUGAGCCCUGAACUGUCCAUGAAUGGCCACGCAACUCCCUAUGAGAUUCACAACACUUUCAGCAGGCCGUCCUCCAAGCAGAACACCCCUCAGUACAUGACUUCUCAUCUGGACCAAGAAAUAGUUCCAUGCACCCCAAACCACAGCAGGCAGAAGGCAGACAGGAUGGCAAGCCUGUCCUUACCUGACUAUACCAGGUUUUCUCCUGCUAAAAUAGCACUAAGGAGACACUUGAAUCAAGACCAUGCAGUCAAUGGAAAAGCAACAACGAGUGAGAUACAGAGAGCUGACCAUGUCAAAGAGAAUGGCCUUACAUAUCCAAGCCCCAGUAUUUCCAAUGGCAUCAAGCUGAGUCCUCAGGAAACUCGGCCCUCUUCCCCAGCGGCCUUACCGAUUGCAGGAGAGAAGGUUUUGAGAGAGAGAACCUCUGUGAGUAAUGGAGAAACUAUCACCAGCCUACCCAUCAGUAUUCCUCUCAGCACAGUGCAGCCCAAUAAGCUCCCUGUUAGCAUCCCUCUGGCCAGCGUAGUCCUGCCUAGCCGUGUUGAGAAGGUGAGAAGCACACCUAGCCCAGUUCAUCAGAGCAGAGACUCAUCGACACUUGAAAAGCAGAUUGGUGCUAGUUCUCAUAAUGGUGUAAGCAAUGCUGCUGGAAACAAGCCACUGGCUUUGGCUACCUCAGGUUUUUCUUACUCUUCUGGCUCCGUGGCAGUCAAUGGAAAUCUUACAAACAGCCCAGCCCAUCUUAACCAUAGUGUUGAUCAGGCAGCUCUGGACGACUCCGGGAGUCUGUUUAACUCAGUAGGGUCUCGGAGUUCCACUCCACAACAUCCUUUGCUAAUGAUGCAGUCGAGGAACUCUGGGCAAAGCUCCCCUGCUCACCAGCACUCAGCAAGCCCCAGGUUAAAUGGCACCUCCCAGAGCCUGGUAGGGGGACUGCACUAUGCAGAUGCUCAGAAGAUGUUUGCCGAUGGAACAAAGGGGGAUCUUCAGUCUGAUGCAGCAUUUUCAGAUCCUGAGAACGAGGCCAAGAGAAGAAUCAUCUUUACAAUCUCUCCUAAUACAGGACAUGUAAAACAAUCCCCUUCCACCAAGCACAGCCCUCUGCCCGCGAGCGCUCGGCUGGACUGCGGCCCAGCACACGGGCAGGACGGGAAGAAGCGCGGCCGACGGAAGAGAUCCUCCACUGGGAACCUCAGCGGGGGCUCCGGGGUCUCCCCCAAACGCAAAUCCUUGCCUGCUGUGUCUGGACUCUUUACGCAGCCGUCAGGUUCACCGCUCAAUAUCAACUCCAUGGUCAAUAACAUUAACCAGCCUUUAGAAAUAACAGCCAUUUCCUCUCCUGAAAACUCCCUGAAGAACUCUCCUGUUCCUUACCAGGACAACGACCAGCCCCCGGUACUGAAAAAGGAAAAGCCUCUCACUCAGAGCAACGGCGUUCAUUACUCCCCUCUGACGUCAGAUGACGAGCAGGGAUCUGAAGAUGAGCACAACAGCACCAGGAUCGAGAGGAAAAUUGCAACGAUAUCGUUGGAAAGCAAAUCUCCACAGAAGACUGUUGAAAAUGGUGGCAGCUUAUCUGGGAGGAAACAAGCACAACCCAAUGAGAACAUCAACAGCAGUAAAUGGAAAUCUACUUUCUCACCAAUAUCUGACAUCAACCUGACCAAAACCACGGACAGUCCCUUGCAGUCUGUGUCGUCUCUGAGCCAGAAUUCGCUGUUUGCCUUCAGGCCGUCCUCCGAGGACAGCCUCGCCAUGGACGCCAAGGUGGCACACACAAGGAAAGGCAUGGCCAUGCCCUCGUCGGGGGCAGAUGGGCUCAGCCCCAGCACAAACCCCACCAACGGGUUCGCCUACAACGGUGGGCUGUCGACUGACAUUGGUUUACACAGCUUUAUUGAUGGUGCUUCUCUUCCACACAAGGCCUCGGACGGGACGGCUGCCGCCUGCUCUCUGGGUUUCCAGUCGCAGCGGAGCAAAGAUGUGGGGAUAUCAGAAACAAAUCCUUUCUUGAACAAGAGGCAGCUCGAAGGCCUCGGCGGCGCCAAGGGGGAAGACCACAGCCGGGCAGGAGUCAAAAGCAAAGACAUGAGUGAAAUGAGCAUUCGUGCGGGGGGUUCUUCAGAGAAAAACUCUUUGCAGCAUAACGGGAAGGUUGGCAAAGGAAGGGACCGAGACGUGGAGUUUAAAAACGGCCAUAACCUUUUCAUUUCUGCUGCUGUUUCGUCUGGUGGCCUUCUGAAUGGGAAAAGCCUUUCUACUGCUGUUUCUUCAGCAGGCAACCCAGCAUCGUCUGUGCAGACGCACCAUCCCUUCCUCAACACUUUGACCACUGGAUCGCAGUUCCCCCUCGGCCCUAUGGCCUUGCAAGCCAACCUCAACUCGGUGACAAACUCCUCAGUAUUGCAGUCCUUAUUUAAUUCCAUGCCAGCUGCUGCCAGUCUGGUCCACGUGUCGUCAGCUGCAACCAGACUGACUAAUUCUCACACUAUGGGGAACUUCUCUCCUGGGGUUACAGGUGGAACAGUUGGAGGUAUUUUUAACCAUGCGGUGCCUUCUGCCUCCUCUCCUCAUCAGUUUGGAGCCAGUUUCAGCAGCAGUGCUGUCUCUAGCAGCACAGUGCUAAGCUUAAACCCCCUGCAGGCUGUUGCCAGCACCUCAUCCUCAUCCUUCCCACCUCCCUCCUCUAAUUUAGUAACAUCUAGCGAGAAUAGAGCCGCUCAGCACCUCAACAGAGCGCCAGUGCAAUCUGUUUUCCAUCCACCUCCACCCCCUCCUAACGUUUCCUUGCCCCCACCUCCUCCUCUGCUUGCUUCUAACCCCGACCUCCUGCACAGCCCAUCCAUCCCACCCGGCGACGCUUUCCUGCCGUCCUCCUCCGCCGCUUCUGUCCACUCUAACACCGCUCUGUCUAUCAAGCUCGCUUCCCUGCAGCACAAAGCCUCCCGCCCCUCCUUUACUGUCCACCACCCCCCCCUGCCCCGCUCGGCGCUGGCACAGUCUGUGCCCCCGAUGGCGCAGCCCACGGCCGCCGGCGCGCCCGCCAUGUGGGUCACGCUUGGCAUGCAGCCUCCUUCCGCUUCGCACCUUUCUGGGGUUAAGCCACGAUAAAGAGCUUGCUUAGCUAACAGUUCUUAUGUUGUAAGGUAAGGCUAGAGACGAACCCCAGGAGUGGUGUGCGAGAUGCUGAGUGAUGCUUCUUCCUCUGCAGAGAGGGGUGGGCACGGGCUGUGAAACAGAACCAUCUGAAACGUGGGAUAAUGCGGUGGCAGAGGGCGGAGAGCUCCGUGCUGCCUGGGCUGGGAGUCAGGAUUUCUCGACAAGGAGUGCUGACUCUGCUGUCUCAUUGACACUGGGGUUAUGUUCAGGUGGGGUCGCACCUCACAAACGUUUGCUUCUAUCAGCGGUCAGGAGGAGAGUCUUUAUACAUUACGGUUUUUAUGUGAUUAUCAGCGGUGGUUUCCCCUCCAGCACAGGGCAGGGAAGUGGAAGUGGAUGAUCUUUAAGAUCCCCUCCAACCUAAGCCAUCCUGUGAUUCUAAUGCAGACAUUGCUCCUUCCACAAGUCCGUGUUUCCGUGGCGCUGGGGCGAGUGACGCUGCUCCCAACCUCAGCCAACAACAGCUGUUCAGUAACCAGAAACUUCCAAACCCUCCAGGUCCCAAGCUGCAGCUUCAGAGUGCAAAUGCACUGCUGGUGCACUGCAGUCAGCACACCCUCUGCAUCCCUGGGAAACAGCCACAGGUAGCAAAAAGGGGUUAGAAUUUGCAGCAGAGGAAACCAAGAAGUGAAGCUGAGCGCUGCAGCUUGAUAUGCACACAGUGACAGUCUCCAUCAGAGCUUUGUUAUAGAAUCACAGAAUUGCUCACUUGGCAAUUGCUCACUCCCUGGGUAGACUGUAGGGAAUGUGCAGGGUUGGCUGCUUUGUGCUGGGGCUGUAAGAGAGAGGAGGGUCUCUGGAGGCUGUAUGCAUUUCUAUUGAAGCACUGUUUAAAUGCCUUUAGAAUAAAGCGCGCUGGCACGGAGUUGGGCACUGUUAUGAAAAAUGCUCUGUGGCAUCGUGAUGUAACAGCUUGGGAUCGCAGAGCUCCAGCAGUGUGAGGGCCCUGAGCUCGCUCCGUGCUUUACCUGUAGGUCGUUGAUGCUGUUGCUGUUCACUGAUCCCAAAGCUGCGUAAAAUCGAUGGUUGAAUACUCUUUACCGCUUAUAAAACAUAUGCCUCAAUUACAACAUCCCUGAGAGAUUCUUUUGGCUGUGCAUUGUGUGUAUUGUGGCGCCUUCGCCACCAAAUUGCUCGGUGGCCACAAAUGUAGUCCCCAUAGGCAUUGGUGAGGCAGGUAAGUGCCACCUUGGCCCCACAGGGAAGCCGAGGAAGAGUUUGAUGUCCCCGUGCUGUGGCCGCAGUGACACUGAUGUGCUGAUGGGGUGGGCUGAGUAGGAGAGAGCUGGGGGAGAAGAAGGAGGAGGAGGAGGAGGUUUGGGGCUCUGUGUGCCUGAAUGGCUCCAGGGAGCGGUGGGAAGGUCUUCUGUUGAAGGAGGUGCCUUAACUGGGACUGGGGUGUUGCAGAACCAGCUGCCAUCCCGUUGGGUGUGCCACACCAUCCCGUGGGGUGCAUCUGUUGGGCAAAGCAGGGCUGGCACGUGGCUGAAGUCCACUGAAAGACAGCCAGGUGUCCGGAGGUGCUCUGAGGAGCAGAGCGGCAGAAGCAAUGCUCCCAGGUGCUCUGUGGCACACAUUGCUGCUCCAUAUGAUGUAGGUCAAAUAUUUGAGUGUUUUCCCCAACUUCAGUAUAAAUCCGUGCGCUCAGAGCCCUUGCUGGAAUCCAGAGUUGAGGGGCUGAAAGAAACUCCUUAACUUCUCCUCCAUAACGUAAUAAUUUCAGAGCAGAUCAGUGUGUGCUAGAAAAGGGUGAAGCCCCAUGUGGGCAAGCAGAGACCUUCCUCCUUCCCCCAGUGGGGUCUGACUCUUAGUGGCCUCCUCCUGUCUGCCUGUGGUUGAGUCAGUGCUGUUGGGUCAACUCUUCCUCCUUUGCUGGCUGAAGGUCCCAAAUCUCGGUCCGGUCGCGGUCUCGGAGCAAUGUAGAAAUGAUUGAGACAUCUGACACGCUGUGGAUUUUGUCAUUGAGAUGAGUCUCUUCCUCUCCUGUUGUGCAGGUAACUAGGAUUUCUACCUCAACCCAAUGUGACCUAUGCAAGGACAACGUGGACCAACUUCACUCGGCUUCCACUGAAAGGUGCUCACUGGCCUGUGCAGGGGUUCUGCUCUUACUACUGGACAAAACACAAACCUAAAAAGACCUAAACAACAGAGAAAAUAAUAUUUACUGUGAAUCUGAGUUUAAAGGAAAAAAAAAGAAAAAAGGAAGAAAAAAAAAAAAAAAAGCAAAAGAAAUACUUAAGGCUCCAGUUUGUAUUGUUGAUAGUUUAGGUAAAGUAUUUAUCUUUUUUAACGUGAAAAUAAUUUUGACUUAUUUUAUUCCACCUAGAGUCAUAAAUACAACUUGUGGUUAAAUUCUCUAAAUAACUAAGGACUGGCACACCAGCAGAGAUGUAAAGAGCCUCUUCUCGGUGCUAUUUCAUCCGUCAGAACUGUGCCUCUAGUUUGAUCCUUGGUGCUGAAUUUGGAGGUUGACCAAUGCCAAACCCAGUUCUCAGACAGGUCUGCUUUUAUUUAUUCACCUUCCUCUGUUCAUAUCCCAAAAUCCACUUGGUUUACAGCCAUGUAUGCUGCGGCGGUCUUUCAUCUGGUGGUUUGCUCCGAGGAGAACCGAGCCACUGGGUGGGUUUUAAUUGCAUUUGGACAAAUGAGAGCUCGUGCUCCCCUCUGGAGUGGCAGCUGGAUCCCAGGACAGCCUGGUUGAGCAGGAGGGAUCCAAGCCCUGCCCCAUCCCACCGCACCGGCCGUCUGCAGGCUGUGAAUUUCAGUAGCUGGGCGGGUCACUUUGGGAUGUCAUUGGCAUAUGAACAGGGUGUGUGGUCACUGGGAUUGGUCAGGCCCUCGAGAUGACAUCGGGAAGACUGAACAUAGUGCUUCUGUACCGGUGCAGGUAGAUUUUUUCAGCUCGUUUUUGUUCCGAGUACAAUGUAUUUUGUUGGUAGAGUUUUGAUACUUGAUUCAGAAAUGGCUUAGACGUCUACUAAGUGCAUUUUGCUUUUUGUAUUUCUUUGCUUUAAGUGGAUCUGAAUGGUAGCUCACAACGCCGCGAUCUCGCUCGCCGUGCUGCCCCUGGUGGAACUGGUGCAUUGAACUGGUGCAUUGAACUGGUGCAUUGAACUGGUGCAUUUCGUUGUAUUGUGACUCGGUGUUCUGUGUACAGAAAGAGCCGCUCGGAGCAGUGGCUGUAUUUUAUAGAGAUGUGAUGAAAAUUUAUAAAUUUCAUAUACUUUAUUUCCUUUAUUUUUAGACUGUACAGUGCACAGUAAACGUGUAAAAACUUAUUUAUUCAAGUGCACAAAACGAGGAGAGAAAGACGACCCAUUAUGUAGACGUUGCCCAGUCUGUAGGUCAGACUGGACCCAGCACCAAUCAAGGAAACUACAGUCAAAGAAGGGGAAUUGCAACAGCAGAAUGACGGGAAGAGAAACACGUUGAGGUGUUGGGGACAUCUGCAUGGGUGCUCAGACUCAGUGGGGCCCUGGGGUCACAACAAGCCGGGCUGGGUGCCAUGGCUUUCAGCUGCCUCUGUAUGUGAGAUGGCUCUGUCCUUGCGUGCUCUCCUCAAGGAGCAGUUCCCUGACAGCUUCCACCCUCUGCAGGUUACGUGUAGACCUUUUUCUUUGUACCUCAUCCCCUUUUCUUCGUACCUCAUCCUCUGCAAUCCUAGAGAUUCAGCUCAAUGUGUGGUAACUUGUUGGUCCCGAUGUGUGUCUUCCAUAGGCGGCCAUUGUGUGCAGAAACUGUCAAUGUGAUGUUGUUGUCUUGUUCAUUGGGAAGGGAAGGAGUUGGUAGCCCUGGAAAGGAGGGACUUUGGGGAACUGUCUUCUGCUCUGUGUGUGGGAGAGGACGUGGCAGUGAAGCGCCCUGCUGAGUUACAGCUGCGAGAGGAGAACCUGGAGAAGGGCAAAAACGCGCAGAAGGCAAUGGCUGAGAAACAUCCGUAGCUUCUAGUAGGAGCUGUACAGAGUUUAUGUCCUGGAAUCCAGGAGGACAGUGUAACCCAGACGUGUUGCAGCUGGGAGUUGGGCAGCCCCAUCUUCAUUCACAGCCGUGGGCCACUGUGAGCUGCAGAGCUGCCCUACAUCCUUCCUGGCACUGCACUCCGGUCCUGGGAGGUGGGGAUAUGCACGAGCAAUGGCUGGAGAGGCAGGAGCCUUAAUUGCAUUCUCCCAUUUUUAUCCUUAUAGUCCUUCUGCUUUUAGCAGAUCGUUUUUGGAAAACAGACCAAGUCAGAGUUCUAGGCCUUUUGUUCCCCCACCUUCAUCCCAAACCAUGAAGAUGUGUGCCCAUGGGGUGGUUGUAGCGAGCUCCAAGUGUCAGCAUGGUGAAUGUCUUCAUCCUUGGGUUGUGCUGCUGGGAGUGCCAUGUAAGACACUGAGCAGUGUGAGAUGGGAAGCCGAGCACGUGGGGCUGAAGUCCCAGUAUCACUUCAUCGGGGAGAGGAGGUCGCUGUGGUUGCUGUGAGAUUUGCAUCAUCUUCUCCACGUCCCCAUCUUUUGCUGCUUGGCUGUAACCUGGAGUGAGUCCAACCCAUUUAUCUCCAGGGCUACUGGAGGAGCAGCUCCUGGAGUUGUUAAGAUCUGAUCCAUAUGGCUGCAAUGAGACACACACGACUGCAAUGUAUGAGUGCUGUGCCAGAGAUCUGAAACCUGUUUUCAAUAAUUGGAGAUAAUUGUCAGUAACCAAAGCUGUACAUUCGGUUCCAAAAAAGAAUUCCUUCUCUGUUACUGCUUCCUGCCCGGGUGCAGCCGUCGGAUGGCCGUCACAAAUGUUCCUUCUCCUCCACACUACUGCUGCCAGCGAGGGGCAAGUCAGGAAGUCGGAAUCCAUCCAGCAGUGGACAUUGCCAGAAAGAAAGGACCUUCCUGAGCACUGUGCAGCAAAUUGUCAGCCUUGGAACGGACCGUGCAUGCUCUGCCUUCUGGAGCUUUGUAGGAUCGAGCUGCCUCUUGUUUCAGGGUGCAGGGCUGUUGCCUUCAGUGCAAUGGACAACCGUGGUGAUAGGAAACAUCUUCAUCCUUCUUCGAUCAGAGCUCCAUCUCCCACUGGUUUCUGCUGCAGUGCUUUGUGGGUCGGGAGCCAUCAGGUCCCCAAAUUCAGAGUCAUGAAGUUAGGAAAGGACCUCUCAGAUCAUCCAGUCCAGCUGUCCAACCACUGCUGCUCACCGACUGUCCCUCAGUGCCACAUCACCGUUCCUCAACACCUCUGGGGACAGUGACCUGUGCCAGUGCCUGACCACUCCUUUGGUGAAGAAGUUUUUCCUGAUCUCCAGCCUAUCCUUCCUCAGCCUGAAAUCACCCGACUGUUGCUACAGCCACUCGCUUUGAGUUGAGAUUUCUUUCUAAUUAUCUUUUAAUCAAACUUCAGUGAGUGACUUCCAGGUGAGCUCUGUGGAGCUCCGUAGGCUCUUCCGUUGCAUCUCCAGCAUUUUUGGCUGGAGUGGUGCUGCAGGGUGGGCAGUUUCCUUCUGAAAGGUGCUGCAGCUGCAUAGCACUGAGGAUGGGGUGGAAUCUGGAUGGUUGUUUCACUGCAGGAGGUGAACAGGAGGGCUGUGAGCUGCUGGUCCCAUUUGGCUGCACUGAUAAAUCUCGAUGGCUACGCACAGCGGUGGGUUUCCAAUCACAGAAUCACCAGGGUUGAAAAAGACCUCCAAGAUCAUCCCAUCCCACCUGCAACCCACCUGCAGCCCUUCUGCUGCUGAGCUGCCCCUCUCCAGGUCUGCAUCCCGAUGUCAGUUCUGCGAUCUGCCUGGUUGGGUUUUUGUGUUGGAAUUGGUGCUUUUCCUGCAGGAAACUUACAGAUUCUGGGUUAUUUUUUCUCUGAAGGAGUUACCCCAGCUUGAUGGGAGGUUCCCCAAGUCCUGCUCUCAGUGUGUUGUCUAAGCAGGAAGAGGAAGAAAAGGAGGAGGAGGAGGUGGAGCUCCCCACAAGUAUCCCUGUUAGUGUGCAGAGGACAGCAGAGGUUUGCUGGGUUGCCAGGAAAGGAGGCAAUGCCCUUAUGAGCCAGCUCUGUAGCAGAGGGGCAAAAACACAAGAGUAGGGCUUUUUUUGGAAGUGCAGAUGUUGGUGGAUGAAUAUUUGAGGUUUUGGGCUGUUCUUUCUUCCCUUAUUUGCUCUGACUUCUCCAUAUUGGGUUCUCACUAUAAGAUGGAUUCCCAGUGAUGAUAUUGUGCCGUAUUUUCUUCAUCCUUUCGCCUUAGAAGCACCCACUGAGACAGAAUGGCACAGUAAGAGGUUACUGUGAACUUCAGGGUUUAACCCCAAAGCCAAAAAUGGGAAACACACACUGGAAAUAUCCCUCCGGUGCAUCUGCUGUUUGCAUCUUUGUGCAGAGGUUCCUUCAAUCUUCACCCUUGAGAAACAAAACCCCUUUGUGCAGUUCUGGGUUCUGUAGCACUGACCCCAAAGUUCUCAGCUUUGGGAUUUAGUGUUGUUUUAAGGUACAACUGUUGCUUUCUUCCGGCGCGGUUGGCUCAUUAGCAAGGUCUCAUUGCUGUGGUUAACGAGGAAGAGGAGGAUGGGUUGGUCCAUCCCGCAUGGCUCCUGGAACCUAUUGAUCUUCUAAGCGAACGAUCUCCAAUUAAAACCAACUCGUUGGGUCUCUUUUCACCUUCCAUAGGAGCCAGGCGGGAUGCAGCGGGUCAUGAGGUUGCUGUUGCUCAGGAAUUGAUUAGCAAACCUUUUAACUACUACUAACAAUCCAUUUUUCAAUGGAUUUAAAACCACAACCACCACACGUUUUCUUAGAGCAGCGAUACGGGAUGUUUCCUAGGGAAUAGGGAUUAGUUUAUAUAAUUUAGCCGAUUAAACCCAAUUAUUUAAAACUCAAACUUCCCCUAAUUUAUCUUUUUGUUGUCGUUUUAUUUUACACCGGUAAGUUGUCCCAUCAUUCCUUCCAUCCCAUAGAAGUAGUGCAAAUUCUGGUGUGUAUAUAUGUACGUAUAAUAUAUAUAUUCCCCCCUGCCUUUCUAAUGCCCCGCACUGUUUUGUUUUGUUGUUUUUUUUUUUCCUCCCCUCACUUAAUUUCUUGUGUCUCUCCCUUGAUUUGUAAUGGAAACAAAUGCUUUGAAGUUUUGUCUUUAUAUUAAAGUGUACGUAUUUUAAUACACUGCUCUGUCGUGGCGUUUCACUGCUCAGUGCUGGGCUGGCGCUGAUUGCAGCUCCUGCUCAUCCCAUGUCUGUGGUGCUGUAGGAUUUUUCUUCUUUUUUGCUCACACCAGUCAUGCAAUAGGGAAUUUGCUCCUCCAGGGUUGGGGCAGCUCCUGCUCAUCCCAUAUCUGUGGUGCUGUAG